AUGGCAGGCACCGUUGUCAUCACAGGAGCAAAUGGCUCCCUCGCCCUGGGGCUCAUCGAUGCUCUCCUGGCGCGAUACCCUCAACACACAAUCAUCGCAGCUCUCAGGAAUCCAUCGCCAGACAAAGAUGCCAACACCGCAAAGCUCGUCCAGAUCAUUUCCAAAUACCAAGGUGGCAAGGUGAUUCUCGAGCCCCUCGAUCUGGGUCAACUGAGUACGGUCCGUACCUUUGCACGGAAACUAGCGAGUCAGGUCAGAUCGCAGGAAAUCCCUCGUAUCUCAUCCGUGAUCUGCAACGCGGCAACUUGGUCGUUGGAGGCUGGUCAAAAGUUCACCGCCGAUGGCUUCGAAGCUACUUUUCAAGUGUCUCAUUUGGCGCAUUUUUUGCUCGUCAAUCUACUUCUGGAUAGUAUGGAUCUCGAUCAUGGACGGGUCGUGAUGCUGGGUUCGAUUACACAUUAUCCGGAAAAGCCUAAUCCGAUCUCGUCGCUGAAAGCUGGGUUUCCAAAGAAUUUCGAAGAGCUGGUCAAGCCAGAACUGGAUCCGGUAUCACUUAUCCAUGAUCGGGGAUUCCAACGGUAUGCAACUGCCAAAUUAGCAAAUGUGACGUUUGCAAUGCAUAUGAAUGAAGUGUUGGGGAAACAUUUAAAGUACUCCAAUAUCACCGUGACGGCCAUGGACCCGGGUGGUCUCCCUGCUUCAAGAGCCCAGAAUGAGCAGAAAAGGUCAAUGAAGCGUAUCAUGAAUGUGUUCAACGCUCUCAUGCCCAUGCUCAAGUUCUUCACCACGACAUUUCGAACCACAGAAGAUGCCGGGAGAGAUCUGGCAAUCGUGAGUGUGGAUCCGGACUUUCAUGGAAAAAGAGGAUACUUUGUCGGUCUCAGAGAGAGCCCGCCUGCGGCUGUCGCUCAUGACGUUGAAACUCAGCAACGGCUUUGGAGAGCUUGUUGGAACUGGUCUGGAAUGGGCGAACAGGACACUUGCCUGAAUGAGUUUAUUUUCUGA